AUGGGUCAGGUUAUCGCUGUUAUCAAGUUCAUCAUGGGUCAGGUUAUCACUGCCAUCAAGUCCAUCAUCAUGUCUCCCGGUCUGUGCGAUACAUCCAUCACUUGGGUCCCGAUCGGCCGUCCUCCAAGCCCUCCUGCAACAGUUGACGAAAGGGAUGAAGACGAUGAAGUCUUAUAUCUCCCUCAAGAGUGUGCUCUUUGUUUGGAAGCCAUGCACUUGGAUGACAAGACUAUCGCAAUGCUUGGUAACGACGACUCUACUCUUCCUACUUAUUACUCCAAAGUAUACCGAUAUUGGGAUCUCUUAACGAGUCGGUAUCCAAAACGGACCACGGUCAACCCAACGCCCUACAAAGCCUUUGGACUUCGUCAGCAUGGAGAUACCCGUGGCGUCCACUACCUCAGUAGCGACUACGCUGGGGAUGCCGAAGCUGGCUUUGUUGCCUCCAGAAAUCCUUCAGGAAAUCAGAGAAAGAAGCUUGAGUAUAGGCAUUGCCAAGUUCACAAGCUAGACGAGAUCGAAACAUGGGAACGUGGGCAGCCGCCUGCGAAGACGGAUAGUGCUUCUGAGUUCAAGAUCACCAAACUCACAAUAGACCGUCAUGGUAUUCGCAAAAUCGAGAGCCUCUCUGAAAGGCCACAGUAUGAGUACGGGCGAUCCGAAACUCGUGCUUAUGUCUUCAUCGACCCGAGUCAAGCAAAGCAGUGCCGUUUCCAAUUCAAGCUUGACAUAGCGCGUCUGUCCUUCGAUUCAGAUGGGCCUGACUUUCCGCAAAUAUGGGAUACCCCAACGCCGCCAUUCAAGGGACUAUCGUUGUCGCCCAGAACGUCAGGCUGUUUGGAUCCAAGAUUCCGUAUCGUCGACUUGCGCAACACUACCGGCCUCACGUUUUUCUAUUAUCACCACUCACUCCUCCGGAUCCAUUCACAUACAGCCAAAUCGCCAACAGCACUUGAAACAUAUCGACGCCUCUCUAAAACCGGCUAUACGAACCUGGUCUGGGCAUAUGUACCCAUAUCCCCUAGCGAUCCAAUCCGUGAAUUCGGUAUACGACAAUAUGAAGAACCAUACUAUGAAGAUUCUGCUCGCUGGUCUAUAAGCUCCAAGCCUACUGUGAUGAUCCGAACCGAGCUUCUUGACGACAUUAUACUCGGGCCUUCAGAUGAUAGUCUCACGAUGAGCCACGUGUUUGAGUUAACUCCUCAUCUUCUCGUGUAUACCGAACCGAACGCCCUUAGGUACGUUACAUACGGGGCAGUGGGUGAACCUGAUCCGACUGUUCGAUAUGGAAACCCAAUGCCCGCGUUGAGCGAUUUCACUGGUCACCGUAAUCUCAGAUACGCCAUCAAGGCACAUGUGCCGCUAGAUGGUGCAGUACGCGUCGAUGUGUUCUCUUCACACACUGGGUCGUGUAAGGGCAUCGUCCUAUAG